AAGUAACUUUGUAAAGAAAAAAAGACAAAAAAUAUAAGUACAUCUAAUUGGGCCACGUUAAUAUUUCCAAAUUGUGUAUAUUUGUUGACAGAGCAGCUGUUUGUACUUUAGGCUUUAAAGGUUAUGAAGGUUAUAAAAUAAACAAAUCAAUAUGAAUAAGACUCCAGUAUCAAUUCUUCAAGAAAUGAUGGUAAAGAGUAAAAUGAUACCAAAUUAUGAUUUAAUACACGAUGGUGGAGGCACGCAUGUAAAUACUUUCACCUAUCGUGUUUCAUGCGAAGGACUUACUGCAACAGGCACAGGACGUAGUAAAAAAGAUGCUAAACACGAGGCUGCCAAAGCUAUGCUUGAAAAAAUAGCAGCUCAUAGAGCUUAUCCUCAAUUACCAGCAUCACCAGCAGAUUCUCCUGUAAAAUCACCUAUACGAACUGCCGUACCAGUUUCUCCAAGAAUUCCACCAAAUGAACCUUUUAUGAAUGCAAUAGGUGCUUUGCAGUCACUGUGUGGAGAUAAUUCUUUGGAAGAACCAAAAUAUAUUUCAAUUAGUGAUGAAGGUCCACCACAUGCAAAAAUCUUUACUUAUCAAUGUGUACUUUCAAUGUUUAAAGAAGAAGGAGUUGCUACUACGAAGAAACAAGCGAAACAUGAGGCAGCUAGAAAAAUGUUGAAUCGUAUAAAAGAUCUUGUGAUUAAUUAUCCAGAAUUUUCGAAUGAUGACCACGAUGUGGUAAGCGAGAGCAAUGCCAUUGCUAUAUCACUUUAUCCUCAGUUAACUAAAAUUUCACAGAAAAAAGUUAAUUUAGGUCUUAAAAUUUCCCAAUAUCAUAUUGCAUUAAAACAAUUUGUUAUGGCAAUGAACAAAGAAAUCGUAGAAGAAUUAAAAUCCAUCAAACUUGACAUGGAUAAGAGUGAAUUAUCUGACGAUAUUUUAAAAAGACUACAGACAGUUUUAACGCCACUAGCCAUAAAUCAUAGUAUAACAACAUUAGAUUCUAAAGAGUCAGAUAUUGUUAUAGUUUGCAUAGGUUUAGAUACUUCUCCAUCUAUUAUACAAUGUGGCACAGGUAAAUCUGAAGAAGAAGCUAUAUUUAAAGCAAUUCCUGAUAUUAUUAAUUCUCUUAUAUUACUUUUAGAAUAGUAACUAGACAGAUAAAGAAUUGAUUUUUAUUAGCCAAAGGGUAUUUGAAAGAGACAGUAAGAAUACAAAGUAAAUAAUUAACGAAUAUAUUGAUCAUUUUAAGUUAAAACUUAAUAAAUGGCUGUGCCGUAAUUUUUAAUAAAAGAUUAAUACAUACACAAUAUUAAUUUAUUUUAUUACCAAUUUCU